GUUGGAACAAAGCCUUGGCAUAUUGAGCCAAGAGAGGAUUUUUGGGCUUUAAAGUGAAACAACAGCAAGCCUAAACCCCAAAAGCAACCCAAUUUGUCCCCUCCUCUAGCUUUCUUUCUGUUUCUAGCUCACCUUAUCUUCCAAAAGCACCCAAAACCCCAGAAUUUCUAGGGUUUUUCUCCAGUUCUUCCCAGGCAGGCUGCUUUUCUCUUCUGUAUUCUCGUUGAAAGACAUCACAAGAAUGGAACAACCAGCAACACCAACUGUUGUUCCUGGAAAGGACAAAGAAAACAACAACAAAGCACAGAAAAAAAUCCCAACACCCCAAGAGCUGAUAUCCCAUUACCAAACCCAAGGCCUCGAUUCCCAACAAGCUUCCAUCAAGGUCAUAGAAGAUCUUCAGAAUGUGGUGAUGAGGGUCGUCUCUUCCAACUCCAAAUCCAAGAAAGAUAAUAAGUUCUUGAUUGACACUUCGAGAAAGAUUGACAGUGUCAACAGCAGGCUUGCAGUUGUUGAUAUGAAGCUUGACUCGAAGCCUGGAUACCUGGAGACUCUUGCCAUUGGGAUUGCUUCUGGGGCUGCUUUAAAUGGCAUCGGCAGUGUUUUGCCUCAUGUUUUUGAGGGUUUUGCUCAGAUUUGGUCCUCUGUUAGGACUGCUACUAAGCCAUCUUCUCCUUAAAUCUAUAGUGUCAAUUUCCCGGUUAGCCUUUUUUAAAAAAAAAAAAAAAAUUGUUUUGGCUAAUGUUGGUUUGCGAACUUGGGGACUUCAAUGUUACUGAACAAAUGUUAAUUUCUUUUGUGGUAUUUUCAUAUCCUCGUUUGUAGAAAUGAAAUGCAAGUAUUUGAAACAUCAAAGAAGCAAUUACUUGUAAAUUGCUGAAUUUUGGGUAUACAGUAUACUAGUCAUGGCAAUUAAGACCAAGUAUGACACCACCCAAAUUAUCCUGUUUUAAUGGUUAUUUUAGGGUCUUUGGUUUUGUUUUCUUUUUUCUUUUUGGAUUAUGUCGGCUGUUUCUGGGAUUGCACCAAAGUUGAAUUUAUCUGAUUCUCGUAGUGUUUGGGAACUUGAAUGUGAAGAAAGGAAUUGGAGUUCAAAGCUAAUGUCAAAUACAAGAAUCCUCGAAA